UCGGUGUGUUAGCUGGUCAGCGGCAUCAUGUCGGAUUUCGCGGCGCACAAAGAGAGAACAAAGGGCGGAUGCUUGCGUGUCAUGUGCGCCGUCAUCCACGGUGUGUUGCUGCCUAUCCAGUGGACUGUCCGAAGCAGACUACGAAGCACCCGAAAGACCACCUGCGUAAUUACUGUGUUCGAGGGGAUGUGCGCGUUAUCGUGCAGAAGCGACAGUUGUCGGCCAUGGUCAACGGUCUUCCGAGGUUCGUGCCUGUUCGUGUCGGCCGCACUCUCAUGCGUCUGAAGCUGCUGCUCUUCUUCUUUUGUCGAGAAAUGCGCGCGCUGCUUCGAAUUUGCUUCGACUCAACGAAGUAGCCUGAAUUGACAAAAAAAGAGUGCGUAUUUAGAGUUGUGCUAUCGGCAACGUUCUGCAAUUUCGAGGUGCGCGCUGUCCUGUGGAUUAUACAGACACGGAGGAGGUCGAUUCCUUGCUCUAAGGAAUGCUGUGACAGCACCCACAAGGCCUUCGUCCUGGUCCAGUGGUUCUCGGAAGUCCACCAAGCCUACCUUAGAAAUGUACAAGUCACCCGAUUGCGGCCAACUCCCAUGCUCUGCCUACCUUUUGGAUUGCUGGUCUCAGGUGCUAGGCUUGCUGCUUGCUCUAAGGAAUGCUGUGACAGCACCCACAAGGCUUCGUCCUGGUCCAGUGGUUCUCGGAAAUCCACCAAGCCUACCUUAGAAAUGUACAAGUCACCCGAUUGCGGCCAACUCCCAUGCUCUGCCUACCUUUUGGAUUGCUGGUCUCAGGUGCUAGGCUUGCUGACCCUGCUUUGCUCAACUCAUAGAAGCUGCUGCAGCUUGCAAAGGCCAUCUGUCACACGGCAUCUAAGAGCAUCGAGCAUGCUGAACCAGCAGCCAAGUUUUGCCACCAGAUUGCUUUGCAUCUUCCUGUUGCUGGACCCAUAACAGACUGUGAACUUAAAUUUUCUUAAUGAAUUCCUCACGUCGCAGCAAGAAGGUUAUGAGCUCUCCAAGUUUGAGGGCAAGGCUGGCUCUCCUGAGAAGCCACUUUCUGAAAUGGGCUGCUGUUGUACCGGUCCUACUGGUCUGAGGCCAUUCUCGAGAUUCUGAUUAUUA